AUGCGUCUCACUACCGCCCUUCCUCUCCUGCCUCUCGCAGCCGCCCUACCUACCGCUCAACCCUCGGCGAAACCUCUCCCUCUCCUCAUCUGGCACGGCUUGGGCGACCGCUACGACGCCGAUGGAAUCGCAGAUGUCGCUGCUCUAGCAGACGAGAUCCAUCCUGGUACCCUCGUCUACCCCAUCCGCCUUGCCGACGACGGCUCAGCCGACUCUCGCGCCACUUUCUUUGGCAACCUCACAACACAACUCGCCUCUGUGUGCGACACCUUGAGUUCGAACUCGUCCUUCUCGUCAAACAACACACGGAUAGAUGCCUUAGGCUUCUCACAAGGUGGACAGUUCCUCCGUGGUCUGAUCGAAACAUGCCCUGGCAUCAGCGUGAGAAGUCUAGUCACUUUUGGAUCUCAACACAACGGCAUUGCCAGAUUCCAAAACUGUGGUACAUGGGAUCUGGUAUGCAAAGGAGCCAUGGCAGCCAUCAAAGGAAAUGCAUUCGGCGAGUGGGUCCAAGGCAACAUUGUCCCUGCACAAUACUACAAAGAAACGAACCAAACCACUGGAGAGCCCACAAAGAACUACCUGGAAAACAGCAAUUUCAUUGCAAAGAUCAACAACGAAAGACACAAUAAGAGUGCAGAAUAUAAACAGCGUUUGGCAUCUCUGGACAAUUUUGCUAUGUAUGUCUUUGACGAGGACAAAACUGUCAUUCCCAAAGAGAGCGGCUGGUUUGCUGAAGUCAACAUGACGAGUAUGGAAGUGACUGGCCUUAGGGACAGAGAUAUCUACAAAGAGGACUGGAUCGGCUUGAAGCAAUUGGACAAGAAGGGAGCCUUGGAGUUCAGAAAUACCAGUGGUGGACACAUGGAUCUGAACGAAAAGGUAUUGACCGAAGCCUUUGUGGACUUCUUUGGUCCUGAAAAGAAGUCGCCAUUGAACAUAGAGGAGCAACAGGUGAUGUUUGCAGAGCUAUAG